AUAACCCUCUGCAACAUAUUCGCCACAAAUUUCUUCAAGGGUUUAAAGUGAAGUGCAGGCAAGAACUAUAAUUCUUCUUAAGAUAGAAACACAAAUUCGCAAAUGGUUGGGUUGUCAACAUGGUUUCGAUACUUGGCCAGCAAACUCGAGUAUUCUGUGUCCCUCAGCCGAAAGACCUACAUACAAGGUCAAAUUGCAGAUACCGAAAUUCUCGAUACAAUAUGGAGGAAUGUAUUCCAUGGAAAGUUGACUUUUUUGCAUUGGAAUAAAGGAAGAGAGAUGGCCCCAAUGGUUGGCCGCUAUGGUGGAACUCUUCUUGUUCGGAAAAUUCCAGCUGCAGAUCCUACUCGAGUUCAUGUUGGAGAUGUGGUAGUACUAAAGGACCCAAUAAAUUCAAACAAUUAUAUUGUUCGGAGAUUAGCUGCUAUUGAAGGAUAUGAGAUGGCGUCGACUGAUGAGAAGGACGAACCUUUUCUACUCGAAAAGGAUCAGUGCUGGGUAUUGGCCGACAAUCAAAAUUUAAAGCCCACGGAAGCCCAUGAUAGUCGAACUUUCGGCCCGGUUACCAUGGGCGACAUAAUUGGCCGUGUCAUAUAUUGUCUGAGGACUGCUGUCGAUCAUGGGCCCGUCAAUAACAGCCAUUUUAGCAAGAGACGGGAUUCACCUGUAUUAGAAGUGGAACUGGACGUGGACGAGAUGGCUAAAAAUCACAAAGCAAAUGCAUUUACUUUGAAUCUUCUUCUGGCUUUGUUUUUUCUUGCUCAAUCUCAUGGAUCUGGCCUACCCGAUGGCCGAUAUCUUCCGUUCUCGGGACUUUCAGGGAGAGCACUCGGCCUAUCACCCAACUCCACCCACACCAGCUACAAAAUAAUUUCAGAGAAAAAACACCACUUAUCCUUGAAAUGCUCGUUCAGGCACAACGUCACUUGCAACGCGAGUCCCAACAACAACUACAGGCGAAACACUGAUUCAAGAAAGCACAAUUUUUCACGCAACAGGAAUAACAGGCACAAGGAGGACAGAGAAGAUGACUAUGAAGAACAACUCGACGGGUUCGUUACUACUCUCCCUUCAGAAAACGGGGCCUUCUCUUCCGUUUCCUCUAACCAGAGCUCCCGGGGCACUGCCACUCCAGGCGCCCGAGAAAGAGAAAUUGUCGAGCUAUUCAAAAAGGUGCAGGCCAAGAUUCGAGAACGAGCGGCACUGAAGGAAGAAGAAGGGAAAAAAGCCGAGACUCCUCAAGGAAAAGGGAAAGAAAGCCAGACAGUUGACUCGCUUCUCAAGCUUUUGAGAAAACACUCGGUACCACAGGGCAAGAAAGCAGCCCAUUUUAGUGAUAACGAUCAGGAUUUCAUUCUUGAUCAGAAAAAAGCCAAGGAUGAUGAGGAAAUUCAAGAUAGCCCAAGGCAAAAUCGUAGCCGGCCAAAGUCGAGGUUCCAGAAGAGGUCUCCUGUCCCGGAAAAUAAAUUCCAGCCUGUUUAUUCAGAUGGCUCUGAUAAUUCAAUCUUGGAUGAGAACUUGGAGAAAGAAAGUGAGAUGAGUAAUUUAGAGGUGGAAGCUGAUGAAGAGGAGGAGGCUCUAUCUGAUGAGUCUGAUGUGGAUGCUCUCUUCCCGGAACUUAGUGAGUUGGAUGAAAUAUCCGGCCUUAACGAUGAAGAUGAAGAUGAAGAUGAAGAGGGAGAUGAAGAUAGUCUGGUUGAGGCUGACGAUUUGAGUGGUAAGAAGCUGCCUGAGUUGAGGGCCCUUGCAAAGUCUCGUGGGUUGAAAGGAUACUCGAAGCUGAAAAAAGGUGAGCUUAUUGAGCUGUUGAGUGAGUAA